AUGCCAGGUCAAACAGGUACCGUGGUGCUCUUCAAUUCGCAGCCAUAUUCGACCUUUACUUCAUACGGAGCCGUCUCGACCGCUGCCACAUACACCUCGCCUCCCCCUGCUCCUGGCCAGACAGGUAUUGUUAUGGUUUUAAUGCAACAACCAUAUACGACCAUCACUUCAUACGGAGGCGUGACGGCUGAAUCUACAACCACCAUAGAGCCAUCUAGUCCGGGCCAAACGGGCACUCCCUAUACGACGGUCACGAGCUGGGGGUCCUUCUCAACAUCUGGUACUACUACCUUAUCGCCAACUUCUCCUGGUGGCACUGCUACAGUGGUUAUGCAAAAGCCCCAACCAUACACCACUGUAACUACCUAUGCCACUGUCUCAAGCGUCAGCACAUCUACUGGGACUCCGGCUUCCGCUGGGCAGACUGCUACCGUGGUGGUCGUCGCUCCCGCAGUUGGUACAAAGGUUGCAGAUCAAACAUGUAACAACGCUGGUCUGGAAUACGCUAUCUAUACCAACCCGUACACCAACGGUGAUCCGCCUAAAUAUUCCGCCCUCGACGUAUCACAUUUCGCAACAACUGCACCGACUUAUAAUGGUGUCACGCGGUCGAUUGGUAUUACAGAACCAGGAGGUGUAAAAGCAGGAAACUCAGGCCCUGCCCAGGUUAUUUACCCUGGCUCACCAAGCCAGACAUGGCAGUAUAAAGCUGUCAACCAUCGGGCAUUCUUAUAUGCGCCUAUCAAUGGUACUUACUCUGUUGUUGUCCCAUACUCGGAUGAGGUAACACUGGUCUGGUUUGGUAACAAAGCUUUGUCAACAUGGACACGUGCCAAUGCAGAUCUCCAGCAAAACUACUCAUCAGGGCCUUCCAGCUCUAUGACUUUCAAGAUCCAGCUGACAGCGGGUACUUACACGCCGUUCCGGGUUUUCUGGGCUAAUGCCCAGGGAGACUAUUCUAUGAUAAUUACUGUUACAGCUCCGGACGGUACUGUCAUAGUUGAUGGCUCUGGGUCAUCAAGCCAAUACUUUGUUAGAUUUGCUUGUGAUUCUAGUACACCUUCUUAUCCUGCAUUUGGAAGUGGCGGUUAA